CAACAUGGAAGGGUUUAAGUGGUGCCUGCUGGUCGGUUUAGCUUUGGUGUGUCAGUUUGGGCUCGCACCCGGUCAGGAAGGGGUUAAGACAUGGCGCAAGGGUGGUGGCACCCAGGUAGCAUCUUACCCCACGUUUGGGAAUGAAAGUUUUAUCGGGUUAGACCCUGCGCAACCUAACGUGACCGUUAUGAAUCUGCAACGAUCGAACGAAUCGGUGAGUGCUCUCGAUCGCUUCAUGAACAAAACCAAAUCACAGAUUCCGGCCGGUGUGUGCUUUGAGGAAGUGCCUACAGUUUCGCUGUUGAAGUACAACCCUGUGGGAUAUGUACCGCAAGGGAACGGGUCAAAUCCUUCCCUCAGCCGCAUCCAGGUUUGUUGUCCCGGAUAUGAGCGUAACGUUCACAACUUCCGCAAGUGUGAGCCCGUAUGCGAGGAACCGUGCCUGAAUGGGCUUUGCGUUGGACCGAACACAUGUGAAUGCUAUCCGGACUUUGUAAGGAACGUGCAAGGACGGUGCGUUCCGACUUGCCCGAUCGGAUGCGAUCAUGGAGACUGUGUGGUCGGAACGGGUGAAUGUCGCUGCCACGAGGGUUACGAGCUGGAACCAACGAGCGGCAAGAUGUGUGUCCCCAAGUGUACCGGAGGAUGUGGUCAGGGACGGUGUGUGGAUGUGGAACGAUGCCAGUGUGGUGAGGGAUAUACGUUCGAUCCGAAGCAUAAAUGUGCUCCGCACUGUGAUGGAGGCUGUGAGAAUGGACGGUGCCUUGCGCCGGGAGUUUGCAAGUGUGAUGAGGGCUACGAGAUGCAGGAGCAAGGCUGUGAACCAAUUUGCAGCAAUGGUUGCUUCCAUGGUGUUUGUACCGCGCCAGAAACGUGCUCCUGUAAGCCAGGAUUCGUGAAAGUUGGUGAGCAAUGCAUCGCUACCUGCGAUAGUCCUUGUCUCAAUGGGGAGUGUACUGGACCGAAUGUGUGCAGCUGCAAGCGAGGAUACAUUCUCGAUGAGGCCAAUCCUUUCCAUUGCAUACCGCACUGUCCCAACGGAUGUCCGAACGGAGUCUGCUCCGGACCAAACAUGUGCCUCUGCAAUGCAGGAUACGUGAAGGACCGUUCGCUAAAAGGAAGCCAAGCGUGCAUCAAGCGCUUCGACGGAGUCAAAUCAUAAGUGCCAGUACCGAU